CCCUGCGCUCGCCCGUGUCCGUGUGCGUGUCCGUGUGCGUGUCCGUGGAUGAUGCUGGCGGCCCGGGGUGCUCCCGCCCGCCGCGGAGCGCUGCUGGUGCUGCUCGCCGCCCUCGGAUCCUUUCGUCUGCGCUUCGCCCGUGCCGCAGCGUCGUGUCCCCGGAGCCUGGACUGUGCCCUGCAGCGCCGAGAGUUCUGCCUGCCAGGGUCGGGUGUCUGCGGGCCCUGCCUGCCCCCCUUCCAGGAGGACGACCGUGGGCGCUGUGUCCAGAAGCAGCUCUCACCCAGUGGACGAACCUCCAUUCCCAGCUUAGAGGCAGAAAUUGAUUUUCUCGCGGAUGUGCUGGCCAGGCAGGAGGCUCCUCUCCAUCACCCGCUACAGGAUGGCAGACCCAGGACUACCCUGGUGCCUGACGGCGGCAGACAGGGUGUGGCCAGUAGGCUGAGAGAGGGCCGUUUGCAGCAGGGUCCUGCCAGCACCAUGGCAGCCACCACCCUCCCCACCACUGCCACGGUCCAGAAGUACCCUGGGGUGGAGGCAUCCCCCAUCCCUGCAAAUGACAACAUGGUGCUCGGGCUGAUCGUGGUGUGCACAGUGGCCGGGAUCUCAGCGCUGAUCGUGGCGGCCAUCUGCUGGUGCAGGCUGCAGAAGGAAGUCAGGCUGGCACAGAAAGCAGACUACUCAGCCCAGCGAGUAACCAGCCCCCUGCCCUAUGACAAGAUCUCGGUAAGGUGUCCAUAUUCCUCCCUGUGGGAUGUUUGGCACUCGGGCCCCAGUGCUCUGCUGGAGGGAUUCUCACAUGGUGGAGGCCCCCCGCCAGCCAGGCUGGGACCCUCCAAAGUCCAAUCUCCACAGCUGUUCCUGCUCUCUCCGCAGCCUGGCGACAAGACACUGGCUCAGAGUGCCCAAAUGUACCACUACCAGCACCAAAAGCAGCAGAUGCUGUCCCUGGAGAAACAUAAAGAGGAGCCCAAGCUGCCAGACUCGGCAUCAUCUGAUGAGGAGAAUGAGGAUGGAGACUUCACCGUGUAUGAGUGCCCUGGCCUGGCUCCGACCGGGGAAAUGGAAGUGAGAAACCCGCUGUUCGACGACUCCUCCUUACACCCCUCCAACCCCAAGUCGCACCAGUAACCGCCCCAUCUCCUGCACCCAAGCUUGCUACAGACUUUGCCCGCGGCCAUGCCCGGUGGGGUGGCCGUGCCAGAGGGGCACCCACAGCUGGGCCGAGGGAGGCUGGCCCCGCGCUGCCAGACUGUUCGACGCCUGCCCAAUAAACAACCACUAACAGCUAUG